AUGGCGUAUCAGCAAUCACCGUGGGCACAUAUCCCACAUUAUGUGCCAAUGAUGAACUCAGGCAUGCCAAGUUUACCCACGGCUCAAACACAGGGAAAUCCACCAGAACAACCCGGCAAGCAAUUGGAAAAAUAUACGCUUUCCUUCAUGCAGCAGCCGUUGCAUGCUAAAGCCGCGAAUGGAAAGGACAAAGACCGGAGGCCAGUAGAUCCACCUCCAAUUUUGAAGCUGGAAGUGGCCACAGACCAAGAUCCUGAUGGUGUAUACAAACAAAGUCCCUACCUCAUUGUCGUUGCAUAUCUAGAAUAUGGGCCGGGCCAAGACCAUGGUCCUGAUGCAAUGCCGCCGGCAAACCUGAUGUCGGGUACGAUGGUCUCGUCGUUACACCGACUCAAAGAUCCUGGUGAUCAAGAAGGAGCCUUUUUCGUGUUCGGCGACUUGACAAUCCGCCGUGAGGGUAAUUACUGCCUCCGAUUCGAUCUGCUGCAGAUGGAGUUUGGCGUUAGCUCGGAUCCUGAUUCGUUAGUUACUGUCACAUCCGUGACCAGCAAUCCUUUUCGAGUCUACUCGCAGAAAAAUUUUCCAAAACAGCAAAAGAAUGAGUCUACGUUCUUAACUCGGUCCUUUAGUGAUCAGGGCGUUCGGCUGCGCGUUCGGAAGGAUUCCCGGUUAAGCCUCAAUCGAAAACGGACAAGUGACAAAGCCAUAGAGAAAUAUGACCGGAAGAGAAUGGCCAUCGAAUCGCCUGGGCAGGGGCGGAGACCUUCAGUCCAGCACAGGUCGUCGUUGGACUCUACAGAUCAGUAUCACGAAGGAGACAUGUUUUUGAAUGAGCCGGCAAGCAAACGACAUAGGACCGGAUCUGGGGCUUUGUCAACUACAGAGAAUGGACUUGAGACGCGUUCUUGGGGAUCCUACCAGCCAGGCAGUAGCUCGUCUUUUGCGAGCCAUGGAUCGAUGACUUCCAUUGGUACUGGACCACCGACCUCUGCAUCCCUGGGUGCUCCUCAAAUGCCACCGCCAACCACGAGGCUCGAUACCCAUUUCUCCUCACUCCACACUGGUUCAAGCAUGUUCCAUUCACCGGUGGGGGAGCGCCAAUCACCGGUCACUCCCUCAUCCGUUCACCAAUCCCCCUUUAAUAGCACUGGAUCACAAAAUUCUUCUAUGGCUUAUUUAUACGGAACGAGUCUAGGUCAGAACGGUGGCGCACAGGCGUUGAAUCUCGCUCCCGUUGGGGCACACACACAGAGCGCGAUGAGUACCCCUCGCUUGGCAGACUCGUCCCCACGGCCACAUGCUCAUCCGACUAACGCGACAUCUCCAAUGGGGGUCAACAUAUACGCACCAACAUCACAGGUCUCUGCGCCGCCACAACCUCGCCAACUUUCGUACAACACACCGACUUACCACCACGGCCUUUCGAGCGCCUUCGACCACAGCACCCUGCAUGAGCAUGGGAUGAAUACGCCCUUGACGGCAAACAUGCCGCCUGACAGUUUGAAAGGUGGAUAUGCCGAUGUCUUCAAUGGAGUCACCGCAAAAUCCGAGUAA